AUGAUGAAUGUCACCGGAGAAAGGUCCCUGGAAAAAGCUCUUCUUGCCGUCUUUGUAGCAGUCAUGGUGCUGAUUUUGAUCCUAGUCUUGGUAAAAUUUGUGGCCUUAAAGAAGGAAAAGAGCGAAAGAAAGCUUCCAACACCAAUGCCAUUAAAGGACAGCAAUACCUGGACUGGUCUCUACAGGUUUUCAAAGGCUGAGAUUGAGAAAGCUAUAAAUAUUAACAAUAGAAGGAAGAGUUUAGGCCAAGGGAGCGCCGGCGAAGUUUACGAAGGCAGGUUGCCUAGUGGACAAGUUGUGGCCAUUAAGGAGAUAAAGAAAGGCAACUCUUUGGAUACAUUCGCUAGGGAAGUUGCAGGUCUUUCCCGGAUACGACAUCCGAACCUCGUUUCUAUGCUUGGUUGCUGUAUCGAGGGUGAUGAGCAGUACUUGGUCUUGGAGUAUUGUCAUGAGGGGAACCUUGCUCAGCAUCUGCUAAGGAAUGACUGUGUCUUGACAUGGGAUAGAAGAGUUAAGAUCCUAAGAGACUGUGCACUUGGGCUGAGGUAUCUCCAUAGUUACAUUGAUGGAUGCAUUGUGCAUAGAGAUAUUAAGCUCACAAACAUCCUCUUGACUGAAAAUUUGGAUCCCAAACUCUCGGAUUUCGGGCUAGCAAAGAUGCUGGGAAUGGAGGAAAGCAAAGUAUUCACAGAUGUGAGAGGAACCAUAGGUUAUAUGGAUCCAGAAUAUAUGACCAAUGCAAAGCUAACCAGUGCCAGUGAUAUAUACAGCUUUGGCAUUGUAGCCUUGCAACUUCUAUCUGGACAGAAAGUUAUUGAGUUGGAUCUUGAUGCCAGCGAGCAACUAACUCGAAAGGUACGUAUUUUGAUAUUGAUCACGGUAGUAAGGUCACUUCAAUCCGGAAUAUAAAAAUGCUAACCAAC